AUGAAGUUCUUCGCUGCCGCCGCUCUCUUUGCCACUGCUGCCAUUGCCGGCCCCGUCGAGGUUCGCACUGGAGGAGGCGCCCCCAUCUGUCCUAACGGCCUCUACAGCAACCCUCAGUGCUGUGACACUGUGGUCCUCGGUGUUGUUGGCCUCGGCUGUGAAACUCCCACCCAAACUCCCCGUGACGGCGUCGACUUCAAGAAUAUCUGCGCCAAGACUGGCGACCAGGCCACUUGCUGUGUUGUUCCCGUUGCCGGCCAGGAUCUUCUCUGCCAGACUCCCGUUGGUAUCCAGGGAUAG